UUGACGUCACAUGUGUUUUGAGCUAGAAAUUCACAUCGCCAGCUGUGAUUGUUUUUGAGCCAUUUGUUGCAAUUCCGCCACCAAAUGAACGCCAAACUCUCCCAGUUUAGGUGACAGCAAACUGAAAAAUGGAAGGCACCGAGAUCCAGCCGCUUUUCGUCUACAUUCCUGUCUGUGUCGUCGUCGUUUUCGUCGUUCUUGUCUUCACUUUUGGCUUCCGAAGUCCGACACAACCUCCAAGUUCCAUGUUCGAAGAUGAGAACGAAAGGCGAAAUAGACGUGGCAAGCGCGUCAAGAAAUUAUCCGGGUCAGAUUCCAAGCCCAGCACCAAUGGCCACGCCAAACUGCUGUUGGACAGCCCUAGUGAGGACAAGCAGGUCAAAGGUCACAGGGUGGAAGAGGGGCCUGCCAAGGAAACCCCUCCCAAAGUCUCGCCCAAGAAGGACAAGCCAGUCAAGAAUAAGGCCAGCGAAGGGAGCAUUGAGAAGGGGGGUGAAGCUCCCAAGAAAGUGGCCGCCAUCAAAGAGGAUGAAGACAGUAGAGGUAAAGAUGAAGGUGAGGCCUGGAUCACAGUAACUGGCACAUCGCGCAAAGAGAAGAAACAGAACAAGCAGGCCUCAGUGAAGAAUGGCGAAGCACCGGCCAAGCCAGCCAGCAAGUCCCCCAGGGAGUCCCCCAGAGGAGCCAGGGAUGACCAGAAGGGGUCCCAGAAGGGGCCGAGAGAGGGGGUUGGGAAGGAGGAAGGGGAACGGAAAACGGAGAUAUCGCAAAAGCCCAAAGGCUCUCCAAAAAAGGUUGUUGAAAACCAAAUCAAGGCUUCCAGUGUCCAAACUACCCGGUCAGCCCCCAUCCCAGAACCCUCCCCUGAUCAAGGCAAGAAGAGAAAGAAGAAGGGGCAAUCGGAGCAGCAGGAAACAGCCAAUCAGACCACGGAGUCCACCGGCCUGACCAACGGGGUCGCAGCAGAUGCUGACCCGGCCAAUCAGAAGGAUGCCGGAGCCGACGAAGAUGGUUUCACUCCCAGCAAGUCUCGCAGGAAUCGCAAAAAGUUGAAAACCACACAGGAAGACACCCCUAAACUGGUGCCGCCACCUGCUGACAACAAGCAGGAGUCUCCUCCUCCUUCGAGCCCUCAGCAGAGUCCAGCCAAGAAGUCCGGCAAGAAAUCUGCUGAUAAGAUCUCCCCAGCCAAGGCUAAGCCAGAUGCAGAGUCCUCAAAGGCCCCCGCUGCGCCAACACCAGAGGGCUCCAAGAAACCAGAGGGGAAAGGGUCUUCGCCCUCCAAGAACAAGAAGACAGCAAAAACAGAGGAGACGAGUCCCAUAAAAACUGAUGCCAAGCCGUCCAAGGAAAAGAAGUCCGGCCAGAAAGUUAACAACUCAGCCCCAUCCAGUGCAGACGCCAGCCCAGCCAAGUCUAAGUCGUCCUCUGAAGGCAGCCCGGCCAAGUCUGGGAAGAAAGCCGGGGCUGGUAAACAGUCUUCGCAGACUAAGAAGGACGAGAAACAACUCCAGGACACUCAAACCCAGUCAAGUACUGCCCCUGUGGCCAGUACCAAGAGUAAAUCCAAGAAGAAACCGAAAAAAGAAUCUACUUCCCCGACACCGGAGCCGACUUCAAAGCAGUCAGCCUCCCCUAAAAGCGAAGUGGUUCAGUCCACUGAGCCCAAGGUUGACAGUGAAACCAGUAAGAGUAGCAGAAAGAAGAAUAAAAGGAAAGAGGGGAACGAAAACAAAGGCAAGUCAUCGGAGGCGAUUAAUGGCGAAUCUUCACAUUCCUUGCCGCUCUUGAAGGCCGAAGGAGUUCCCAGUGCCAAAUCCCCCGACACAAGCAGUGAUAAACUGCCGUCAGGAUCCCCAACGCCCAAGCCGACCCCGGUAACCCCAGUACAAGCAACAGUGCCUGAAGUCCCAGAAAACGAUAAUUGGGUUGAAGCAAAACCAAAGAAGGUCCGCAAAAAGGUACGGCGGGACCUCUGAUGGCUCCCUGCAAGCUGAUUGGGCGUUUCUGUUAAGCUAUCCAAGUCAUGUGAGCUCCAUCAUUCCCCAGAUUGGUGCUGGCUGACCACGGCAAGUGGAGGUCUAAGUUACACUGUGUUUCAGGUAACAUUGUCAUUUGCAUCAAAGGGUCUCGUGUAAAGGUUUCACAGAAUUUGAUUGGAUGGGACGGGUCGUAAUGACUGUGAUUUUAUCUGAUUGGCACCCCAAAAGCAAUAAAUUGGCUAUUGUUCUUUUGGGUGGAUGUAGAAAAAAGGCUUGUUUGGUAAGCAAAUAUGACCAAAAAUACAAAGUAAUUGAUUGGCUCCUUCUGAUUGAUGCCCUACGAGAGCUUCCUUGUGAUUGGUGAGAUAAAUGUCAGGAGACAUGCUGAAACGAAUAUCAUCCACCUGAUUGGCUGACUGGUGAGUCUGUCUCCUUCUUGUGAUGCAGACAACCUUUGAUAGGUUGAAUUGUGAAAUGUUGAUGGAUGCAGAAUGUUAGAUUUGUUAGGGUUUCCUGUCAUCUUCCAAAAAGGUUUCGGAAGAGAAAUAUAGCUCAGAGAAAGCAAACCGAUAUAUUUGAUAAGCUCAUUGAUGCCUUUUGUACAGUCAGUGUAAAUAGCCAUGGUGCUUUUUUUUUUUGGACUUUGAAAAUUUGAUCGGGAAUGAAAAAGAAACUUGUUAUUUUGUGUAAAAUAUAUUUCCGACAAACCCAUGAAGACAUUCCACUGUCAAUCUUGUGCAGAAAUCGUGACAAAAAAAGAAGUUGUAGACUUUGCAGUAGAGAUGUGUCAAACAACCUCCCACUAACCGGGGGGGGGAAUAUUCAGGUUACUCAAAAGUUGAUUUCUGAAAGACGUGCAUUGACUUGAAAAGAAAAGUAGAUACGUGUAAGUGGGAUUUUUGCAACUGGACGCUCAAAACACUUGUGCAUUGGGAGAUGGAAUACCAGGAUCCUUUCGAUCAACUAAGAGAAAUGAGAAACCAGUCUUUGCCAAAUGUUCGUUGCUGUGAAGGGAAAAAGGGGUGAAAUAAAUCUUUAUUUUUGUAUUUUCAGGUUUUUGGUGGGAUCAUUUAAUAAGGAAUUGGUUUGAUCAAUUGAUGGCAAAUGCCGAACCAUGUACUUGUUUCCGUUUUUUUUGUUUUUUAAGAAUUAAGCGCGUAGAACUGCUGAUGGAGUUAUAAAAAACUGCUGUUGUAUUGUUUACAUUAUGUAUGUGAUAUUUUCACCAUGAAAUGAAAGUGAAACUUCGAAGAAAAUGUAAGGCCAGAAAUGACAAAUCGCAAAAGUAAAUUUAGUGAAAAAAAAAAGUGGCCGUAAUAUUCCAUUUUUUUUAAUGGAGAGUUUGUGGUACUGCUUGAUACUGCAGUUGUUUGUGAACAAAUUCUUUGUUAAGUUUGUUGGAGUUGUGUGCAGUAUUGUAUAUGUGAAUUCUGUUGUAGCCAGUUGGCCCUGCUGGGCACGUGUAAAAUUAUUUUGCUGUUCUGGAGAAAAGCAGGAGGAAAAAAAAUUGUCAAUUUGUAUUCUUGACAAAAGAGCGAGCGUUGUCUUGAAUACCGGAGGUGAAAAGAAAUGAUAGGUGCUGGCAGAAACUGUUAGACACCGUGAACAUCUGCGAACAGGAUCAAUUGUUCUGACUGGCAAACUUCAGAUUAUGUUGACUGCAAUAACGUCUGCCUGUAUACCGCAGCUUGCCUGUAUACAUGUCAAGACAACAUAGUAUUGCUCAUCUUUAUCAACUUUGAAACUUUUAAGCUUCUCUUCUAAAAAUGUUUUCAAAAAUGUCAUCAUAUGCUUUAUUGCGACAGAAUUGUUUAUCUACAUGUAUGAUGUUUUUUAAUAGGCCGUGUUUAAUAGUGAAAAACAGAUGGAAUCGUAAAUUUGCUAUAAAUUUUGAAUUUUUGCUCUUAUUUUUCUUGCCUUGUUCUCUUGUAAAGACAUUUUUGUCCUUUUAAAAUCGGAAAAGGGUGGUAAUUUGUUUUAAUUAGAAAUAUGAAGACAUUUUUUCAGCUUUAUGGAUUUGUAAUUUUUCCUUUUUUUUUCUGUGUACUGAGACUUUUUUUUUUAUACAAAUUCGCAUUACUGUGAGAAGACUUUUGCAGUUAUUUGCAGAUGUCUUGUCUGAGAAGUGCACUGGCAUUAUUAGGGAACAAUCGACCCAAGUAUUACUUUGAGCAAACUAUACAUAAUGGAUAAUUUUUUUUUAUCUGACUUAAAAAUGUGAGAAUUGUAAAUGAGGUAACAAAAGUGGUUGACACAAGAUAAAACAGGUUAAAACCUUUAAAUUAAAGAUUACCACCAACUUUACAGAAUUGUAUAUGUGUGUUUGCCGGUCCUCCUUCAUUGAUUUCCUUUUUUCUGUUUUCUCCCAAGAUCAAAGAGCAGUGCUACAGUCAUGUAAUCAUGAAUGGUUUAGCCUUCGUCACAUGAAGAUAGUUCAUGUAUUGUGCGUACGUUCCCUUUUUUUUUUUCAGAGAAGCAGGCACGAGCUUGAAGGUCACAGAACUGAUUUGUUGUGUUUCUGGCAGUGAACACUGGACAUUGGUUCUUAUUUCUGUGAAUUUGUUCUUGCUGUCAUGUAGUUAGUGCCAGGCCUGUUGAGGCGAGGAAUGGAAACGAAAGCUGAGGAGUCCUUUGCCUAUUUUCUCUUUUAAUGCGUGUACGCUUUUUAAAAGUCAAACUAAUUUGAUAAGUGGUCACUGUGUGAAUUGAAGCCUUGGUAUUUUCAGGGCAUUAGCUUGUUUCUUUUUGUCUUUUUUUCUCUCAAAUGAGACCACAGUCUUGAUGUGUUAUAAAAUGAUUGAAAAAAAUUGUUCAGAUUGGAAAAAAAAAUGAAUGAGCAACUCGCCCUCCACACAGCUUGUUACAAUUUUCAGUUACAGAUACUGUGCUCGACACUUUUGAUAGCUGUGUGCUUAUGUAUGUAAUACAUGUACUUGUGGAUGGAGUGUGGUUAGAAUUUGGCUUCAUGAAAGAAGCAAUUAAAAUGUAGGAACAAUUCAAGAAUGCUGGCAAAUACCACUUAAGUAGCAAGAAAUUUUUAUUUUAUCCACUACAUUUAAGUUGACAAGCAAGGUAUUUAAAUAAAAUGAAACAGGUUUUACUUCCAUAAGCUUACCGAUAAUCAUUGUCAAUGAAAUGUUGCCAUAACAUAUAUUUUUGAAAGAUUUUGAGCUAAUUCCACAUGUAUUCCAUUAAACAAAAAGAAAAAAGGGACAUCAGUUUAAAGCUUUAUUUUUUCCUUUUGUUCACCUGAAAAUUGUGCUUCUAGGUUGAGGGAAAAUAAAUUUAUAAUGAUGUAAUGAAAAA